AUGAACCACCUACUCCCAUCGUCCCCUGUCAUCGGCAGCGGCCUCUUGGGGAGCACCGUUCUCCUUCGUCUCCGUCUUGGCGGCGGCCUCCUCAAGCUCCUUGAUCUUCUUCUCAAGGGCUGUGUUCUUCUCCAGGGCGGCCUUCUUCUCGGCCUCGGCAGCCUCGAGCUCCUUGACCUUCUUCUCAAGGGUCUCGGUCUUCUCGACAGCCGCCUUCUUCUCGGAUUCGCUGGUCUCGAGCUUGGUCUUGAGCUCGGCCUCACUGUCCUUGGCCUUCUUAGCUUCGGCCUCGGCAGCCUCAACCUUGGUCUUCAGGUCGGCGGCACCAUCCUCAGCCGUCUUCUUGGCGGCCUCGGCAGCUUCCAGCUUGGUCUUCAGGGCAGCCUCGCCUUCUUUGGCGGUCUUGGCAUCACCCUCAGCGGCCUCGAGCUUCGUCUUGAGCUCGGCGGCGCUAUCCUCGACCGCCUUCUUCUCGGCCUCGGCAGCCUCAAUCUUCUUCUUCAACUCAGCAGCACUGUCUUCGACAGCCUUCUUCUCAGCCUCAGCGGUCUCGAUCUUCUUCUUGAGCUCGGCGGCGCUAUCCUCAACCGCCUUCUUCUCGGCUUCGGCAGCUUCGAUCUUCUUCUUAAGUUCGGUGGCAGCCUCCUCGGCGGUCUUCUUCUCACUCUCAGCAGACUCAACCUUCGUCUUCAGCUCAGCAGCACUGUCCUCGGCAGACUUCUUUCCAGCCUCGGCGGCAGUGAGCUUCGUCGUCAGGUCGUCCUCAGCAUCCUUGGCGGCCUUGGCCUCGGUCUGAGCGGCGGUGGCACUGGCCUCAGCAGCAUCGAGCUUGGUCUGGAGGGCAGCUCCAGCGUCCUUGGCCGUCUUGGCGUCGCCCUCGGCAGUCUUCAGGCUGGCCUGGGCCGCCUCGAGCUUGGCAUUGAGCUCAGACUCGGUACCUUGGACCUUGGUCUCAAGCUCCUUCUUCUCCUACAAGUAACAAAUCUCCUCGCUAGCCUUCUUGGCAGCAGCGAGGUCGUCACCGAGGGCCUUAGCCUUGGCGGCGCUCUCUUCCUGCUCCUUUUGCAGGGCCUGGAGCUUGGUAGCCUGCUCAGCAACCUCCUUGGUGAGAGCUUCCUUCUCCCCAGCCAGGGCCUGGGCCUUGGCCUCGGCCUCGGCGAUGCUGGCCUGAGCCUUCUCGAGGGCUACCUUGUUCUCCUCGGUGAGCUUCUUCUGGGCCUCCUCCUUAUCGGCCACGUCCUUCUGGGCCUUGGCGACCUCAGCACGGGAUUGCUCCAGCUCGGCCUCGACCUUGGUGAGAGCAGCGUCGCUCUCUUCCUCGGCGUCGGCGAGUGCCUUCUUGGCAUCAGCAGCUUCCUUCUGGGCAGCGGCCAGGUCAGCGGCAGAUCCGGUCUUCAGGCCCUCGUUGGCCUUCUCCAGCUCAGCGUACUUGGCCUCGAGCUCCUCCAGGGCGCUCUGCUUCGAGGCAAUCUCGGCAUCGGAGUCGGUGGACAGCUUGUCGGUGGCGUGCUUGCCCUCGAGUUCGCCCAGGCUGGUCUUGGAAGCAGCAAGCUCCGCGUCGGAGUCGGCCUUGAGCUUCUCGUGUGUCUCGGACAGUGCCUGGAGCUUGGCUUGGGACUCGGCGGCAGCUUGCUUGUGCUCCUCGAGGGCCUUGUUGGCAGCGGUGAGGUCGGUCUCGAGCUUGGCAGAGGUCUCCUUCAGGGAGCCCUGCUCCUUCUCUGCGGUGGUGGCGCGGGCAAUGAGGGCCUCAAUCUCGGCCUUGAGGGCCUUCUCGGACGCAUCGAGCGCCUCCUUGGCGUCGGUCACCUCCUGGGUGAGCUUGGUGAUCUCGGCCUUCAGGGUCUGACGCUCGGCAUCGACGGCCUGGACAUUCUCCUCGACGAGAAUCAGCUGCGUCUUUGUAUCCUCGAGCUCCUGCUUGAAAGCCUCGUGCUCCUCGCGGGUGAGGUCCUCCUUGGUCUUCAACUCGGUCUGGAGCUCGGCAAGCAGCGACUUGGUCUCAUCGCCGGAGGAGUGGAGCUGGCCUUCGAGAUGUGGUGGGGCAGAUGCGUGUCUGGGAGGGACGGGGAGAGAGGAGGAGAGAGGAAGAAGGACAAAUAG